UUUCGUAGUAUCAACAAUAAAUUCUCAGUCCGCGGCCGCUCCUGUCUGCUACUCGCUACUCCGCCACAUUGUCCUUCGCGAGUCCUCUGAAUUGGGUUGUGAUUGUUUACUAUCUGCUGAAUACUCGGAGUUGUGCUCAUGUCAGAGAAUCUCGUUGGUUGGUGAACUUUUCCAAGAAUAACAACGAGUAACAUAACCUCAAAACCGAUAAGAAUUAAUUCUUCAGGCUAUUUCUUACCUCAAAACCGAGAAGAAUUAAUUAUUAGUGUCAGGCUAUUUCUGACUACAACUUCCACAAUUGCUUUCAAGACGAAUAUCAACUCCAGGAUGACCAGCUGAAGAAUGGCUGCUGGGGAUGCAGGUUGCUCGUAUGUUCCUCAUCGGUGGAGUUUUGGCCAUGACAGUGCCCCCGCCACCACUCUACGCACAUGAUGUGGCAAGUGGGGUUAAGUCUCCCUUAACAAUUAGCAAGAUUUACCCAGGAAAAAAUAUUAUGACUCUGGCUUCCAGAACAAACAUGGUUACACCACACAAGAGACGACGACUACGACAUCGAGGCCGGAAACACAGACGACAGAAUGUGCUGUCUUCAGCAAAACGCUACUUCGAGAAACAGCUGCUGGUUAAAAACAGCACACUUGCAUUGUUAGGGGUGGGAAUGGAGAAACUCCUUCCUAACGCUGUAGAUCUGUUGGAUAUCAACCCACAAGAACUGCCUGGAGAAUCUCCUUUCCAGAAUUGGCAUAGUAAAAGAACAAAUCAGAGUCAACACGUGCCUACUUACUCUAAAAACUCCAGCGAGAAUAUUCCUACUGUAAUCCUGAGCCCUAUUAAACUGCUGGGGACAGAGAUAAAUAAGAAUACAGUUUCUGAUGUGAAAAAUGACCCUGUCGUCGAAUACCAGUUCGACUAUCACGCAGUCUCACAGCAUGAAGAUACCGGACAUUUACAACUCAAUUUUGGAACAGCAUUGAAAAGGUUACUGAGAAUACUAAAUAAUUAUUCUACAAGAAAUGAUUCCAAUACGACACCUUGCGAGCAGUGGAUGGGCUGUCAGGAACAAUUGGCCGGAGCAUUGCUGGGACCUCUACCGGCAUGUCCUUGUGUUUACCCAAGUCGCAUUUUCUACGAGGAUAAGGUCUGGGAUACAGCCCAGGAGAGACAUUUCCGGUGGAAAGAUGCAAGUGGUGAACGGCUGGAUGUGUACAAGCCUGGUGCUGAGUAUUGCAUCAGGAGUCUUCUGACCCAGGGCACCCUCACGUUGGCCGUCCAACACUGCUGUUACGACAGACACAGACGCUUGUUAACUCGAGGUUCGGGAGCGGGCAGUCCUGACCUCGUCAGCCCAGACGUCUCACCACAGCUCCACUACACAGUCGAUGUGUUGCCCUGGCGUUUGUGUCAAGGAGACUUCACCAUCUACAGUCUGGUCCGUCCCCCAGACAACUCAAAUAACUGCAGCCACAACCCCCCUGACGACGAGUUCUCUCGGCAGAUCCUGCUGGCCAAGUACUACUGACCAUAAUCAAUUGUUGACAUCCAUAAUAUUAUUAUUAUUAUUUAUAUUUUCUUCUUUAAGUGUUAAUUUAGAUUGAUCUUGUACGUUAAGAAUAAAAUUUGCUCAGGGAGA